AUGUCCCUCUCAAGUCCGGACGACAACACCCCCAGUCCGUCGGAAGGCCCGAGCACCAGCAACGACGAGGAGGAGCAAAAGAACGGAAAAUUGAAGACAAAUCAGGACGUUUUGGACGAUGUGGACAAGCUGUUCCAACUGUUCCAAGACGAAUGGAAAGCGGUUACAGAGACGAAACAGAGAAAGUGUGGUGCUAAAAAGAAGUCGGACAAUGUUUCGGAGCCGGGGACAUCCGGUGUUGCCAAUCUUUCGGUGAGAUUUUGAGAUUUUUAUAUUAUCCAUGAGGUGGCUGGUAAAAUAAGGUCGGAAAGGUUGAUUUUUGGACGAAAUAUCAGUGGAAAUAAGGUUUUAAAGGUAGCUCAUGACUUAUUCUUCAAGUUACAACUAAGAAUUUUUUAAUUUUUGUCGAAAUUUUUGAUGUUGUAUGUUAUUAUAGAUGGGGUCUAAAAUAAAGUCAAAAAAUUUAAUUUUUCGCUGAAAUUUUAUCUGAAAAGUAUUUCUAAUAGUAGUUAAUACCUUCUUAUUUAAAUAUAUGACUCGAAAAUCGCGAGAUUUUUUGAAAAAAGACUAAAAUUUUACGUUAGUUGACUAAAGUAAUAUCAAAAGGUAUAUUUUUUAAUAAAAUUUUUGCCACAAUCCCUUUAAAAAAGUUUGCUAACGACACUUUCUUUAUUAUAAUGCUCAAAAAUCAACGUUUGUAUAAAGAACUUUAAAAUUUUUAUAUUAUCCAUGAGCUGGACCUAGUAUAAGGUCGAAAAAAGAUGUUUUCCUACCUGGUUUUUUCUCCAAAAUGCCUCUAAAGCCGUAAAUGAAGGUUUAUUAGCUCUGUUUCAGUCCCCUGCCAAGCCAAAAUCCUCCCUGCCCAAGUCUCAGUCCCCCUUUGCCAUAGCCGUCUUCAAGGCGGUCGCCCCGUACGCCCACCUCCUGAUCGAAGGCAAAGAAACGUCCGGCCAGAACAAGAUGACCUGGGACAAGAUUCACGCCGACUUCGUGGCCGCUAAUCCGGAAAUGGACCAGCCCGGCCUUCGCCGACGCAUGCAAGUGGCGUGGGCCAUGAAAAAGUACAACACCAAGAGGAAAAAGGGCCCAUUAAAUGAGGUAAAUAAGAUUUUUUGAAGGUAAAAACCUCAGAGAUUAAUUUUGAGCCAAUUAAAAAGCAGAAUUUGAAAGAUUUUGAGGGAUUUUUCCAAUUUUACCUUGUUUUAGGUAGAUAAAACGAUUGUGAAGGCCGUAGAACAGAGCCACGCGAUUAUCCCGGUAAAAUCAACCCCUGUAACAACGGAGUCUCCUCCAACGAAACGGCCAAGGAAGUCGACUCCUCGGAAGGUGGAGUCGUCGGAUCGAGAGCUGGACCCAUUGGAUGCCUUGAUCAACAAUGUGAUGGCCACCACGAGUCCCAAGCCCCGCGGACGCCCGAGGAAACGCUCCAUCAAGGAUUUUGAGGCCAUUUCCGACGCAACAACCACAACUUCGCCGCAGCCAAUCCACUCGGCAACCCUCUAUGUCACGCCGACUAGCCCAAUACCCCUAAAUUUGACGGAUCUAAGGGCAAAGACCCCCGAUUUCUCGGAGAAAAACCUCGCAGAAGGGAAGGGUCAAGUGAACCAGAGCAGCGAAGGUAAGGAGGAACCGGAAUCGACCAAAAAAUCGACCGAAAAACCGAUCGGAAACGCGGCCGACCCCCGCGAAAACUCGAACGUGGUGCUGUCGUUCGAGAACAUGCUAAAAGUCCUCGAGAUUUGCCGUAAAAACAACUACAGCUACGACAUCCAACAAGACACCUUGAUCUUCAAGGACAACACCAAGAAAACGAAGGAUGUGGUCAUUCCGAUCAACCUUAUACACCAUCUCUCGCUCUGA